UUGAAUCAGUAUCAUGUUUAUUGUAUUUUUAUUGUUUAUUUCUUUGUUUUUUUCAUUUUUAUUUAUUAUCUAUUUCACUUGCUCUGACAAUGUAAAUGUUCCCAUGCCAGGAAAGCCCUUUGAAUUGAAAUUGAAUUGAGAGCGAGAAAGGGAGAAAGAAAGAGAAAGAGGGAGAAUAUAUUUGAUUGCAUUCUCCAGGCCAUCAACACCUUUUGAAUGUAUUUUAAUUGGGAGAAAGAGAGGGAGAGAGGAUGGACCAUUUUGGCAAAUGGAUGGGCAGCACUCUCUGGUCUAUCCCAUGAUCCUGCGGCAAUAAUUAACACGAGAUCAGUGAUCGAUUCUCCUUGACAGCGACCCUGCCCCAGGCUCUUCCUGCUUUUAUCCACCCAGCAUGGGAAUCAUUGACCGGCCGCUCAGACUAGAUUAAAAUAGAACCAGAAACAGACAAGCUAUCAGAUGGGACGGACAGAAAGAUUUCAGGCUUUACCGCAUAUAUCCAUUAGCUCAUGUAUUUUCCACCUCUUCCACUUCGAUGAGUACAUAUUGUAAUUCAGUCACAGCACACAGAAGUGUAUUUAUCAUGCAGGAUGAUAGUAUAAUGUGUUACUGUUUGAUGGUUUGAAGUUUUGGGAUGGUUAACUGACAUUAUGUAAGCCGUAGAAUAGAUUUUUUUAACAGGACAUAACUUUCAUUAAUUACUAUUCCAAACAAAUUUAACUUCUCUGCGUGACCAUUGACUUGUUCGACUUGUUCAGCAGAGUCUUGUCACAGUAAAACGUCCAGUAUAGUACUGCAGUUUAAUCUAGAACUGCAGCAGUCAUGACAACCGUUUCAAAUGUUGACAGAGGUUUGCCCUGUCUUGCCCGAGGCACUGUGAGUUCCAUUGCCCCACUGAGAGUGUACUUGUUCAUUCACUGUGAGUAACAUGGCUGGUGUGGGCUACCAAUGGCUGAUGUUGGCUACCAGCGACCAUGCUUGACACAAUGCCGUGGAGCAGGCUUGCAUUGAAGCAUAAUCAACAUGUGCUUAUGUUCAGAAUGCCUCUAAGCAAGUGAAACGCGCACACACACAUACACAUUCGCACACACACACACACACUGUAAACACAGGUUUGAGGAAAGGUCAGUGUUCAACUCAGGUACCCUUUGCGGGCGAAGGAUGACAGGACAUUAGAAGUAAUCAUCGUUUCCAUGGAGACAGUGCUGGAGACAGGCUCUUGCUCCUAACCAGAGUUCCAUUCUGUACAGAGGCAGUAUGACUACAGUUUUUCUGUCUCUGUGUCUGUGAUAGGGUAUAAUGCAUUUUUCAGUUGUUUGGAUGUUUUCUGAGAGAAGAAGAGAGCUUUCACUUCCAUGUUUUUUUCUUGAGCCUCUGAUUUAGCCUUGACUGUGCUCCUGCUGCCUGCCCUGGCUGUGACAGGGUGCCAUGGAAACCAAAACUGGGGUGCGUCACCCCACCCGCAUGCCCCGCCUCAUCCCAGCAUCUAUCCCAGGAUCAAUGGAUGGCCGGCACCACGGAAACUGGUGAAUUAGCCCAAUAGAUUAGAGGAAGGUCUGAAAACAAGUGCUGCAGUUUGUAUCAAUACUUAUUUUUGGAAUGACAGCUUGAGCCAGUCUGCUGCUGAAUCGUGCCCAGCCGAAAUCUACUAGAGAAACCACUAUUACCUCUGUCUAUGCCACUGAGAGGACAGCAGCAGUGUGACAUUUCUCUUCCACUUUUGAGUUUGAUUGGGACGCUAAGAAGAUAAAUAUCUCCUUUUAGUAGUCUUUUUUUGUCAGCUUUUUAAAAAAUCCCAAACCGUUAUCUAGAGUGGACUUCCAGUGACAGCAGAUACUUCAUACGAGGACCUAUUUAUAGUAGUCUGCAGAUUGGAUGUAGCCUUUUGGUAACCAGCAGCCACUACUUCAGCUUGGCUUGUGCUGGAGCUUCUGUUCCUGACGAAUAUCAACCCCAUCAAAACACAGAACCGCUCUCUGGUUCCGUGAGGCUCAGGCUUGGCUUACAGCUAACACCAACAAACGGUGAGGAGCUGCAGGUGAGAGAACGUCAGAACCCUGGAUGAGCAGGGCGCCCACCCGGAGUGGGGUGGGGAAGAGGCACCACAGACACCGUCACAGACCCAGGAGAUGACAGACCCCAUGGGGCAGGAGAACCAGGGACCACCAGCCCCCUGUCCAGAGGUGGUGGUGGUGGGGGAAAAACACCCAAAAACCAAGACGACCACCAACAUUCACACACCAGGGACCUUGGGCACCCCACACCAGCGCCCCUCUGUGAACCACCGGCACAACGAGGGAGCAGAGGUUGUGCACCGCGCCUCUCAGUUCAACAUGGAGGGCUUGGAGGACUUUGAGGAGUUUGUGUUGAAUUUUGACGAUUACGACCUGCUUGAAUCCAUCCAUGACCACCUGGGGUCCCCUGAGGACGCAGUCCCCCUGGAGCCCGACCAUGACCAGCUGGGAUCCCCUGAGAACCCAGAACCCUUGGGACCCAUCAGUCACCGAUUCGAGGACAACCCUGGGAUGAGGCGUCAUCUGGUGAAGAAGUCGUCUCGAUGCCAGCUCACUCAGAACAGCAAAAGCUCUCCGCCCCAGUCCAGCCUGAAGAGGAAGAAGAGGGUGGCUGACAAGAAGACCCAUGAGGUGUUUGUGGAGCUCAACGAGCUGAUAGUGGAUAAAAACCAGAAGAUGCGCUGGAAGGAGACGGCUCGUUGGAUCAAGUUUGAGGAGGACGUGGAGGAGGAGACAGACCGCUGGGGAAAACCCCAUGUGGCUUCACUCUCCUUCCGCAGCCUGCUGGAGCUUCGCAGGACCAUCACACAUGGUGUGGUCCUGUUGGACCUGGAGCAGACCACUCUGCCUGGCAUUGCCAACCUGGUGGUGGAGACCAUGAUCAUCUCAGACCAGAUCAGAGCGGAGGACCGGGCCAACGUGCUCCGUGCCCUGCUGCUCAAACACCACCACCCCAACGACGAAAAGGAGGGCCUUUUCCACCGCAACCACUCUACUAAAAGCCUUCACGGCAGCUUUCAACGCAACCACAACCACGUUCCCGAAACCACGGUGCCCCUAGUGGCUGAAGAUCCUACAGAGGCCCUCCACCAUGAAAAGAAGCAGCAGAGCAGAGAUGUGUUUAAAUCACUCCAUCCCCCCCUGCCGAUGGCUCUCCAACAACAGGUUACCAAACACACAAAACUCCUAGCCAAGAUUCCCAAGGACGCAGAAGCAACCGUGGUCUUAGUGGGUUGCGUGGAGUUCCUGGAGCAGCCAGCCAUGGCCUUCAUCAGGCUGAGUGAGGCGGUCCUGCUGGAGUCGGUCCUGGAGGUGCCGGUGCCGGUUCGUUUCCUCUUUGCACUGCUUGGACCCGCUCAGUCCAACAUGGACUACCAUGAGAUUGGACGCUCCUUCUCCACCCUCAUGUCUGACAAGAACUUCCACGAGGUGGCCUACUUUGCGGACGACCGGCAGGACCUGCUGAACGGCAUUAAUGAGUUCUUGGACUGCAGCAUCGUCAUCCCCCCGUCAGACGUGGAAGGAAAGGACCUGCUGAAGACAGUGGCCUCCUUCCAGAAACAGAUGCUGCGCAAGAGGAAGGAGAGAGAGAACAUCAAGACCCACACCACCCCCUGGACAGACCAGGAGACCAAAGAGGUGAGCCAGGAUGAGCAGGAAGAGGAAGAGGACCAGGAGGUGGACCCCAUGAAGAGGUCGGGCAUCCCCUUCGGAGGCCUCAUCCAUGACAUCAGGCGGCGCUACCCGCGCUACGCCAGCGACAUAAAGGACGCCUUGGACUCACAGUGCAUCGCCGCUGUCAUUUUCAUCUACUUCGCCGCCCUCUCACCCACAAUCACCUUUGGAGGGCUGCUGGGAGAGAAAACAGAGGGCAUGAUGGGAGUGUCGGAGCUCAUCAUCUCCACAGCGACCCUGGGGGUACUUUUCUCUCUGAUGGCCGGACAGCCCCUCCUCAUCAUCGGCUUCUCAGGACCCCUGCUGGUGUUUGAGGAGGCCUUCUACAAGUUCUGCCAGGCCCAGGGCUUUGAGUACCUGACGGGCCGGGUGUGGGUCGGCUUCUGGCUCGUCUUCAUAGUGCUGUUGAUAGUGGCGGCCGAGGGAAGCUUCUUGGUUAAAUACAUCUCACCCUUCACCCAGGAAAUAUUUGCCUUCCUCAUCUCACUCAUCUUCAUCUACGAGACCUUCUCCAAGCUCAUCAAGGUGUUCCAGGAGCAUCCUCUGAUGAGAAGCUACCCGCCUGCCUUUGGCCUUCCCGGCAUGGAGUUCACCAACCCCACAGACCCCCAUGGCCCCAUCCUAAACCAACCCAACACAGCCCUGAUGUCUUUCAUCCUCAUGCUUGGUACCUUCUUUGUGGCCUACUUCCUUAGGAAAUUGCGCAACAGUCGAUUCCUGGGCGGGAAGGCCAGAAGAAUCAUCGGAGACUUCGGGAUCCCCAUCUCCAUCCUGUUCUCUGUACUGUUGAGUUACUCCGUCCCCGACACAUAUACGCAGAAGCUGAAUGUACCGUCUGGUUUCUCGGUCACGUCUCCUGACAAGCGGGGCUGGUUCAUCAGUCCGUUCGGCGACCUCAAGCCCUUCCCCGCGUGGAUGAUGGGGGCAUCGGUGGUGCCCGCCCUCCUCGUCUUCAUCCUCAUCUUCAUGGAGACACAGAUCACCACACUCAUCGUCAGCAAGAAGGAGCGUCGCCUGGUCAAGGGCUCUGGCUUCCACCUGGACCUGCUGCUCAUCGUCACGCUGGGCGCCAUGUGCCCUCUGUUAGGCCUGCCCUGGCUCACCGCCGCCACGGUGCGCUCUGUCACGCACGUCAACGCCCUUACUGUCAUGAGCAAGGCCACAGCGCCCGGCGAGAAGCCUGUGAUCCAGGAGGUGAAGGAGCAGCGGUUGACGGGCCUUGUAGUCGCCGUGCUCGUGGGCAUGUCCCUCGUGAUGACAGAUGUGCUCCGUCACAUUCCGCUGGCCGUGUUGUUCGGGAUCUUCCUCUACAUGGGCGUCACGUCAAUCACCGGCAUCCAGCUCUACGAGCGCAUCACUCUCAUGUUCACGCCCGCCAAGCACCACCCCGACCACAUAUAUGUGACCAAGGUGAAGACGUGGCGUAUGAACAUGUUCACCAUCAUCCAGCUGGCCUGCAUCAUGUUGCUGUGGGUGGUCAAGUCCACCGUGGUCUCGCUCGCCUUCCCCUUCAUCCUCAUCAUGACCGUGCCGCUCCGCCGCCUCAUCCUCUCCCGGAUCUUUGAGGAGCGUGAGCUCCAGGCGCUCGACGGGGAAGACGAGUCAUCCCCCAACUUUGAUGAGGAUGGUCGGGACGAGUAUAACGAGAUUCACAUGCUUGUGUAGACACGUGACACGGGGAGGCCCAAUAGGCUCUCUCUGUCUUCCAACACGAACCAAUUACGAGCACGCUUCUUUGGAAGGCAAACCUUAUAAUGUCUGGGUAGCUGUGUUUUUCAACACCCCCCCCCCCCCCCCCCCCCCCACACACACACAGAUGUGCUGAGGGUAGAAUAUUUGUCCAACAGAGAAACAGAAUGUAUACAUAUAUAUAUAUAUAUAUAUAUAUAUAUAUAUAUAUAUAUAUAUAUAUAUAUAUAUAUAUUAUAUGUGUAUAUUACUGUGUGUACGUAUAUAUUCAAAUCUUGCUCCUCUUUGAUCUAAAAAUGCUGUAAAGGAAUAACCCCACUGUUAUGAUUUGUUUCUGUGUGUCCUGCUCCAACUAUAGAUGUUUUCUCUCAGAAGGUCAGUAUCAACUCUACUGCCCUACUGUGACAGUGUGGGUGAGGAAUCCUAAAGUGUGUGACAUGGACAAUGCACCAUGUCAACACAGACCAGUCAUUUAAAAACCCUCUUCCCUCUGGACAUGGGUUCCUCCCCAUUUCCUUCAACGGUCCAGGCGUACGUGUCGACAACCCCAAGGAUUCCAGUAGGUUGGUUUCCUCGCCCAGUGUUGGAGUCCCAUAUUUUUGGGGGCACCGGUGGGAUGAACACUGGUUGUACGACAGCCUCACAGGUUUCACCAGGAGCCAAUACUCCACUGCCUCCUCAGCGUAACUGCCUUCCCCCUCCUCUUCAUACUGUAGGCAUUAUCAGUGCAGUUUGAUGUCGUCGCUAACCAAACAGUAUGACGUUCCCUUUUAUUUGUUUCUAGUUGUUUGCUACUCGCAGGACACGUUCAUCUUUGACCUUUGCGAUUCACCUGCACUGCCACACCAGUCCCCUGGUCCAAGAACAGAAGAAGAAUCAUUGGAUGAGACCUCUCAAUGCAUUUCCUCUGAAACGAAGAUGCACUGAGGACUGCGUGUGUGUUGGAGCAGUUUUUCUUGAUGAGGUAUAUUCUGCAUUACAUGCCAGUCCAAUGAUGUCACUGUGGAUGUAUAUGUGAACACAUUGUGAUCUGCUGACCUUGUGUACGUUUAAAUUGUUUAUUUAGUAUUUGUGACCAUACGAAUGAAAUGUUAUAUUACCUAUGUUGUUGUUUUAGUUGCCAAAAUUCUAUGAAGCCAUAUUGACAUAUGGGAUGCUUUCUAAAUGUCUGUUUGUUCAAUGAAUAACUUUAUUUGAAACCUUUGUCCCAGUCACUGGAAUUAUGCCACAGUUAUCAAAAUCACUGUGUAGCACCACUGUCAUUGUGUACUUCCAUGUUCUGAGGGCAACUGUUGGAUGUGAAUGGUACUGAAGCUUCAUAUGAACCCUGACCCUUGAACUGCAAACAGAUCAUUGACCAAUAGUUUGUUGUUCCUGUUGUGAACACAAAUCAGUCAUGACAUUUUCAAAUGUUUUUCAAGUUAUACACAGUUGGUUCAGAAGCGAUUCUAUACAACUUAGCAUUUGAUUAACAUGUAAAGUCACUGGAAUGGACUCUUUGCCUCAAGGUUCAGAGUUUAUACCCCACACAGAAUGUCUGUGUAUUUAAAAUGUAAGUUUUCAUGAGCUGUGUUGCAGAACCAUUUUUGACUGGUUGUAUUAACGCUAGAUGCUAGGAUUGGAGACUUAUUGAAUGCAUUUUGUGUAUGGACAACCUACUUAGCCCCACACCAUGUGAGACUUAUUGAAUGUAUAGGCCUACCCAAUGGGCGCACACUGGUUGCGACAACAUUGUUCGACGUUGAACCAACGUGGAAUAGACAUUGUAUUGUGUUCAGGGGACAGAAGAAAGACAGACACUAAAAAAAAAUCAUCAGUCGUCGGGGAAAAAAUGAAGAAUUGGAAUUGUGGUUAUUAUUCAAGAGGAUAAUAAGGGUUGUUCUGUCAGUAUUCUCUGAGUGUUGGAACAGGAACAAGAAAAUCGAAUUGUUAUGGGGCCGGGAAAAAGGCCUGGCAUGUUAGACGUUGGGAAUCCACAAUGUUUCGUCACCUGAUACCUCCAUGCUAGCACAGACCAGACCACCCACCCAAAAUCUAGGAAUAUAGCCUUGUCAUUUUUGAACAGACAUUACCUAGACCUCUCGCUUGAUUGAAAGUCUCCGAGCCCGUUUUUCCCUCAUUUGAUUGGAUGUCCAGGACCAGGAACGUUUUUGUUGUCUGUACAUUAUGCACACUUGUGAAGGCUAUUAAUAAGUAGACAAUCAGAAAUGUACUCCUGUAUAUCUUUAUGUAUCUACUGUCAUAAGGAAUAUGAUAGAACCGCUAACCCUGUGGCGACAUCCUGUUGUACAAUGAGCUCCUAUUUCCCCAGUCCUUUUUUGUACUGCAUAUUCAUUUGAAUUAAUGAGUCAUUCCCAACUUGUUUGCGCCAUGUAAUUAAUAUGAUGUUAUAAAGGUGAAGCUCCCCUUUAAAUAGUUAUUAUUCUCUUCAGAAUUCUCUAAACGUCAGGUCAGUGAUUAUUUAAAGGGGAAUUGUACUUUAAUUGAGGGUCUUGAGGCAUUGAAAAUAUGUCCUGCAGGCCACUUGUAAUGAAGCCCUUAUGACGUACUAUUUAUGCCUCAAUACAGGACAAUGACUUUAGUUUCAUGUAGAAAUUUGAAUGGUUUAUACAUGCUAUACUUGUGUGGUAAAAUCAGUCAUGUCACACACAAAUAUAGUGACACACACAUAAACAUAUUGCCACACACAAACAGAGAUAUAACUCUUUCUGCUCUGAAAACGAUACCUGACUAUAAUGACGAAGUGUGGUGUGUCGGUCUGAGAAUUUUUUUUUACGUGAGUAUAUUUUAUGGUAAAUUAUUCAUUACUUUAGCAUUAGCAAUACCGAAAUGUACUUAUGUUAUGUGGAUACUUGAAUAGCAAUUCAGCCUGCUGUUAUUGUAAAGGCGUUUUCAAACUACUGUAAAACAAAUUAUUUUUUUGUCUGAAAAUAAAUAUUUAUUAUGUGUUUCAAAUAAAUCUAUCAACUCUUUA